AUGGCAAACGAAGCAGUGAAAAAAAUUAAAAACACUUACGGCGAUGUUCUAAAACUAAACAAGUGUCAUAGAUGGUUUAAAAAGUUUAAAAAUGGAAAUAGUAAUCUCGAAGAUGUUGAACGAAAGAGACGACCUCAAAAAUUAGAUGAUGAUAUCCUUAGAGCGAUGGUGGAUUCAGAUUUUCAUCAAACUAUUAGGGAAUUAUCAUUAAAGAUCGGCUGUCCAUGGUCUACAGUUCAAGAUCAUCUUUAUCGUAUAAAAAAAGUGUAUAGGCAAGAAAUUUGGGUUCCUCAUGAGUUGACAGAGACGGCACUCGAUCAACGGCGUACAAUCUGCGCGUCUCUUUUGUCUCGAGAAGCACCUAUUCCGACACCUAAACUAUCACUAACAAUAAAGAAGUUCCUUGUUUGUUUGUGGUGGAAUUUUUCAGAAAUUAUACACCAUGAAUUGCUUGAACCUGGUCAGACCGUUACAACCACAGUGUAUUGUGAACAACUCGAGCGAAUGAAGCAAGAGCUCUUAAAAAAACGAUCUGUUUUGGUCAAUUAUCGAAAAAGAAUCUUUCAACACGAUAACGCGAGGUCUCAUACUGCAAAAAUAACACAGGAAAAAAUUAGGGAGCUUGGAUUGGAACUUUUACCUCAUCCACCUUAUUCACCAGAUCUCGCGCCGUCGGAUUACAACCUUUUCAGAUCAUUAGAGCAUAUAUUAAGAGGUAAACACUUUAACAAUGUUGAAGAAGUGAAAACGCACUUGGAAAAGUUUUUCAAUGCAAAAUCGAAGAACAAUUUUAAAAAAGGAAUCGAACAACUGCCUAUACGCUAG